AUGAAAAGUCUGAGAUGGUCAAACAGGGGCAGGAAGGCUUCUUCGACGUCAGAGGAAAGACACCAUGAGCCCGGGUCACGUGGCAAGUCGUUGAGUGGAUCUACAGGGCAGGAAAGCAAGCGUGGCAGUGGACAAGGUGGUCACAGCGGGCAGAGCAGUGGGAGGAAGAAGAGCCUGAGUUCUGGAGGGCGAGGGGGUGGGUGGAACGAGAACUCCACGCCCAGUAUUUACCUGUCAGAGGCAAAUAACAAUUCGAGCCGCAGCAUAGCUUCCAGCCGGAGCUCGAUUCGCAUUUUCGAAGAAGUGCAAAUCGAUGAAACGCGCAGUUUGCGCCGACUUUCCGACAGCCAAUCGACCGUGGCGCCUUCUUCGACUACGGAACAACCGCGUAGCCAACAGGAAUUCUCAGCGCAGUCCAAACAGACUCUGAACAAGGAAAAUUAUGAUCAGACGCUUUUCAAGAAGGGAUGGGUCAACAAAGCACAUGGAGCUUCGAAUGGCCACCAGAGAGACAGCCGUCUGUAUGGAAAUGCGGGACACAACGCGGCAAUUGAUGCUGCUGGCCGAGGCAAUGGCGUGGAUUACAGAUUGUAUCGCGCAGAAUUGAGAGGAAGCGUGCUCAGCUUGUAUAAAAGCGGCGUGAACAACGUCAAGUGCUUUGAUCCGUCAUUGACACCCUGCGACUCGUCUGCUGACGCGUCUCAACCUGUCGCCACACCGGGGAAUUUGAAAGCCACCUCACAAACCGUGGAUACCAAUUCUGAUCACACAGGGGCAGCUUCUGAGAUCAAAUAUUUAAGUCAUGUUUAUCCGCAUCCAGACUUGAAGCUCGAUGGCGAGGGCCAUCCUAUUGCUGGUACAACCGAGAGUUUGUGUCACAUGGUGUUAUUUUCGCCUCCAUCAGAACCGGAUAACACCAAAAGAAUUGUGGAGAUUCUUCUCAUACUUCCCCUGAUAGACCACAUUUCCAAUUUUCUCCAGAAAUUUCGUUCCUACGGCAUUGCAUUCACCAGACACAGAUCCAAAAGUGUCAGCACUGCUCCAUAUCAUCACCAAAUUUCUUCAAAAACCGACACAUUAAUGACCGAACGAUUGGCGCUAGUCGUGAAAACCAUUUUGGACGUUUUUUGCGGAUUUCUCUUGGAUGAUAAGCUUUUCCCGAACAUCAUUGAUCUGGUGGAUACCAUAUCUUUGCAUGAUGAUGAAAUUUCAAGUGCACUCAAACUCUCCAUUGUUGGAAAACAAAAGCAGUUAACGAAUCUGAUAACUUUGGGACCACAAGAAAGAUCAACAGAACAACUACAGCCGUUUAUAAAUGUUGAAAAAUUCUUGCGCAUGGAUCUAGAGGACGUUGCUCAUCAAGUUCAUCAAAUCAAUCUAAAAUUCAUGAAAGAAUGGAGUCCUCAAAUCGAUUUUUCUCUACUGUACGAAUCGAAAUUUAAUGGCGGUCACAUUUACCUAAAUCCAAUGAUUUUCAGGAAUAAUGAAAACGUUCAUUUUUUGGGCAGGUUAUUCGUUUCGCAUUUAUUCUCUCCAGAGUUUAAACCGAGCCCGCGUGCAAGGGCAAAAGUUUUGGCUGUAUGGGUUCAAUUGGGCUGUAAGUUUGAAAAGCUUGGUGACAUGGUUUCCUGGCUUGCGAUCGCUACGGUCGUAUGCUCCAUCCCCAUAUUGAGAUUAGCAUCGACUUGGCAAUUUGUUCCUGAAAAUGUCGUGAAAUUGAUUUUCAGGGAUUGGAUACCGACAAUCGCUCAGCUUGAUCGCAGGGAAAUGUCUUCAAAAUCUACCAGCAGCGUGUUCAUUUUGGCACCUCCAAAUUUGAAGGACGAGAAUAUCAGGAAGAAUGUCGUUCCAUACUUUGGUGACCUAGCUAUCAACGCUUUUGAUUUAUCUCCUGAAACCAGACUUCGAUAUUUGGAAAAGAAAAUCCACAGGACCAAGAAUGCGUUCUAUAAAUGGCAACAACGGCUCGACCAAGCAGUUAAUAGUACAGGCGAUGUACUAAGCGAGGAUUCUGAAAAUUCAUAUGACGAUUACUCGUCAUGCCCUAUUUACCAAUAUUGGAAAUUUCACCUAGAGCAGGAAGCACUGGAUAUAGCUACAAUCAUGGAGAUGAGUUUGAGGUUGGAUCCACCUCGUGUUGACCAAAGAGCUUAUUCUAAUACCAGCAGUAAAAGGAGUUUGCUGUUGACGGGCAGCUAUUUGCCCGUUUUAUUCAACGAUCUCAUAUCUAAUUACUCGUUGUUUCCAAAGCAGUCGCUAAUAGGCGCAGCUGGCCUGGGUGAUGAAAGCUCAUCGGUUGCUUUUCCAAGUAGAGCACACUUUGUUUCCUCAAUUUCAGCCUUUGGGGAUGAAGGAGAAAAAAGUUCCAUAACAGGUAUCGAGAAUCUCGAUGAGCCUGUAGCCAAGAGACUAUCUUCAAAACAAUCGAACAAGCAAAAGCUACUGAAAUCUAUUAGGGAUGCUUUCAAUAUAGACAUGAAUAUGUUUCAUGUGUCGGAUGAUAUGAUUUUCAAAUCAGUUUUUGAUUUGGAUGGUAAAUCGCGGCCAGCAAGUAUUGUUGUCGAAACACCAAAGAGGAUGUCGCAAAACUCAUCGUUCAAUAAUUUUCGUGACUCGCAGGACUUGUCAAAAAUUACCUCUACUCUCGAUGACCUGGACUUCUUUAAUAGUAUUGGCAAGUCCUCAAGCUCCAUUAACGAAUCAUUUGUUGAAGUUGUUCUUAAAUCAGCAACUUUAGAACGUCUUUUUGACGUACUUGUUUUGACAACUAGCGUCUUUUCGAAAUUGAUUGACGCGAGAGAUCUCGAAGCUUUCUUUGCACAUGAAAGCAGGCGACAAAAAAUGAAAGCGCAUGAACCUGAUUAUAUGUCUAUGGGACCUCUUGAUUAUGCCUUUAUCAAGCUGAUAAUGGACAAUGACAUUUUUACGCAAACUUUCUUCAACACUUACACAAGCUUUACAACCACAAAUAUCGUUUUGGAAAAUUUGGCAAAAAGAUUCAUAGGAGCGGUGAGUUGUGCUGUAUCAAUAUCUCGCCUACUCAGUGACGAAGAAAGGCAAUCAUCAGGUCAUGCUGAGGGAACGAAAUUAGGUCACCUCCAUGGAGGUACAAAUAAGUUCCCAGCUUGGGACCUUAAGAAUUAUACUAAGGACGAAGUUAACCUUAAUUAUGUCGCCAAAAUUCAGUUAGGGGCUAUGGAAGCACUGUUACAUCUUAUUGUGUUUCACUACUCUGAUUUUACCGGGUCGCUUACAAAUAAUUACACAUUUCUGGACAUUUUGAAAGUCAUGGAUCAUGAAAUUUCGGAGGAAUGGUCCAGAAGAAUUGUGGCAAUGCCAGUGCAGCGCACCCAAUACAAUUCAGACGAUAUGGAGGAACUUGAAGCUCUACAUGCCAAACUUCGAGACCUUUUCAAAAAGAUCAAAUCUGCAUAUCAGAAACAGCUUUAUCGCCCGUUAAAUUUGAACAGACCCCAAAAGAUUGCACAAGACUCUUUGAGGGAUCUCACUCCUGUGAGCAUGAACGAUUUUGCUAGAAUAAAGGCGGGCUCCGGUUUUAUGCAUUCGAUUAUCAGCGAUUUCACGACUUUGAAUCAUGGAAAUUUCUCGGCACUGUGUGAUUGGGCAACUCGUGCUGAUGAAAUUAUCGCUCAAAAUCUUGCCUUAGUCUCACACCAAGAGUGGAUUCAAGUCUCUCAAAUUCUCGAACUGUUUUCCAACGAUUCUUUGGUAUCCUUAUUCAAAUACCCGCUUUUUACCAUUUCUGGCGAAAUUAUUCAUAAUGGUGGAUCGCGGCUCGAGAAACUAGAAAUUUUGAAUGUUUUCACAUGGGUUUCCAGUGUUUGCUCGGAGGGCAAAAAGUUAUUGUUGGAUCUGUUCCCUCCUGCCAUUCAACUUCUUAUCAAGCUACACCUUUCCCUCACUCGUUUUUUGAUUUCUGAAAUCUGUAGCCCCGAAAAGGGUUAUGAAGAAAGACUCGAUACCACAAUGAUAAUAUUUGAACUACUUGGCAUUUUGAGAUGGAAGGGCUCGGCGGUUGAUUUGUUUCAUGACGACAAACCAGAAGGUGACACAACUGAAUUGUCUCCUCAUGUUCCAUCCUUUUUGGAGAGCUGCCUUGUAAAUGCUAUCGUCUCACCAGAAUCUCGUUACUUUGAAAUGUUCUGGCGCGACGCCCAUCAGAAUAUUUCAGGUGCUGGAGCCCAUUCCAUCAAAUGCUUAUCGGAUGUCAUUAACUCGAAGAGCCUGCAAUCCCAAAUGUUUGAGAAAUGCGAAUCUAUCGGCGUAGCUCGCAAUGAGCCUAUUUCCCCAUGUCCUGGAUGGUUAAUUUGUCGUCUGUUAGAAAUCUCUCAGUUUGUUCCCAACAUGAGCAUCGAAAAUUCCAAGAUGAUAAAUUUCGAUAAAAGAAGAUUUGUGAACAAUGUCAUCACGAAUUUUGUUGACAUGAUACCAAAGACUUACUCAUGGAGCAAUGAGAAGGAGUUGUGUGAUGCAUUAGCUAUAAGAAGUGAAUGGCUCACUCAGCAUGAAAUUUCAGAAAUUCCAGAAAUUUACGACAAACAAUGUCGUGAAAUUUCAAUGGAACAAGCACGUCUUUACAAAUUUCAGUCCUUUGGUUUUUUUAAUAGUAUAUUAGUGGCAGAGGUUGAGAAAGUGAAAAGAGAUCAAAGGAAGUAUGCGCUUCUUUUGACACAGGAACUGGAAAAUAAGAAACAAAUUGCGUUUAAGCAGGGCAACAGAUUAAGCUCCUCCCCUUCAACAAUAACCUUGAGUUCUGUCAAUUCCAAAGUAACCACUGAAUCUGACAUGUCCAGCCGCACUAAACGCAGCUCUAUUACUGCUACAUCCACUAGGAAUUCCAUGAUAUCGAACUCCACUCACAGCUCUGGAGUUACAAGAAAACUUGGUGGCUUUUUGAGAAGGCCGUUUUCGAUUGGCGGGUUUAGCAGCUCUUCCUCCACGAAUUCCCUCAGCUCAAUCAUAGCAGGAGGGGCCAAAGGAAACGGUACAGUUUCUCCUUUCGAUUUGCCCGAAAUAUCUUCUAACAGCCUCAAAGAAUCGAAGCCUAUCCAAACUCUUAGAACAUUUGAAAUGAAGUCUUGUAUGCCUGUUAACGAUUACAGUCAGCCACAUCUGACCAGCAACCAGUUUAGGAUCAUCAUGGAGGGUGGAACAGAACACUUGGUUCAAGCGCCCAGCAAUCAGGCAAUGUUAGAUUGGGUUAAGGCUUUGAACUUAUCAAGGAGAUAUUCAUUCCACUCUGAGAAAUUUAAGGGCAAAACUUCCAACAAAAUGUUCGGGGUUCCUAUCGAAGAUGUGUGUGAAAGAGAAAACACUUUAAUUCCUACAAUACUUGUAAAACUUUUGGAAGAAAUCGAACUUCGGGGUUUGGACGAAGUGGGGCUGUACAGAGUUCCUGGUGCAGUUGGAAGCAUCAAUGCUUUAAAAAAUGCUUUUGACGACAAAGGUGCAACCAGUAAUUCUUUUACGUUAGAAGACGAAAGAUGGUUUGAAAUCAACACAAUUGCAGGAUGCUUCAAAUUGUAUUUGCGCGAACUUCCCGAGUCGCUUUUCACCAAUGAACGUUUACCGGCAUUUGCGGAGCACGCAUUACAAUAUAGACAAGAGAAAACCUCUUACGAGCAGUUCAAAAUGUUAAUCGCUGACCUCGUCCAAAAUUUGCCAGUUUACAACUUCCAUACCUUGAGAAGAAUUUUUCAGCAUUUGCACCGUGUCGAUGAACAUAUGCAGAACAAUCGCAUGGAUGCCAUAAACUUAGCCAUAGUAUUUUCGAUGAGCUUCAUCGGUCAAGAAGACCUUGCAUCCAGCGUUGGUCCGACACUUGGUGCCCUACAAACAAUAUUGAAAUGUUUCAUAAAGCAUCCAGAAGACUUUUUCUAA